AUGGAUCUCGCCUUUCCGAGCAUAUUCCGCGAUACAAAUGACAAUCAGCCUGAUGUAACCCCCUCCAUGGAAGACCUUCCUGAUCUACUCCGCAUAGACACGCUUUCCAAAGUAACACUGUCAACUCCAUCGGGUGUGGACACUGUGACGAACACGCUCGCUCAUCUCGACAGGGCGCAGGACUGGCUACAUCGCCUUUCGCGGACCUUUCAACUUCGGUCCGAUCACCUCACUGCCUACCGCAACAGUCAAAUGAACGGAGGGCUGCCUAUCGCGCGAUUACCGGUGGAGGUGCUCCGGAUCAUAUUCGAAUACGACGCCGCAUCACACGGUCUCUGGACUUCCGAAUUUGGCGAGAGUUGGAUGAGGCUCGGCGCGGUCUGUCGCCAUUGGCGACUGGUGUUGUUCGACACGUCAAACAUAUGGGCAGACGACCUCUUUGGACUGGGCAUUUCCGCAGUGUCCGAUUUGCUGCCUUUCACCAAGAAUGCCCCGCUGAACAUCAUACUCCCGUACUCUCCACCGCUGGACCACAUCGAGGGCAUAUAUAAGAUGAUGACCCGCGCUUGGCACUUCUCCGGCGAAAUCCCUCUGCAAGAGGAUCUUCGUAACGUCAUCGACAUCUUGGCCCGCAAGUCCUUUCCCUAUCUGGAGUCUCUGCGCCUCGAGUUCGAAUACGAAGAUAACAGGACACAACAGCGCAAAUCUCGCAUUAAACCCAUGGCGAAUUGUCCCAAUCUGAAGCAUCUGAGCCUGGCCAACUUCUACAUGACGCCGCCAGUGCCUAACCAGCUGGUAUCCCUUGCCAUCCACUUCGAGAAGAAGGGCGAUAACUCACGCCACUCGGCGACGGAGAAACCGACACUGGAUAUGAUGGUAGAAGUUCUAUCUGGGAAUCCUACAUUGUGUGACCUACUCCUCUACAACUCCUGUACAAAGGCCCCUCGGCCAAUAUCAUCGCUAAAACGCAUACUGCUUCCCAACCUGACGUCGAUCAACCUGCAUCAUCCCGGCGCGUUGUCUUCGAACCUACUCGAUCACCUGUGGUUGCCCGCUCUAGAUGACGCUACACUAUCUUGGGAGACACCAGGGCUCGGUCACGACGACGGUCACGACGAAGGCACGCAGGUUUACAAGAGCUUGCUCUACGCUUGGGCUCAGCCUUCCACGGAUCCCAUGGAGAAAACACUUAUUUUGCCGGUCGAAGGUCAUGCAUGCAGGGAUAUGCACGCCAGACAGGAGCAAUUCUCGCUCGCCCUAAAGGACGUGAAUGGUGCGCUGAAGGGCGGAUACCAGAUAAGACGUGAGAGCACGAUGUCCGAAGGUGUUCAAGUACUUCCAUAUAAUUACGUGUUCAGACGUGAGAUACAGAGCUGA